AUGGCUGACCCACUCUCUCGUGUGGAUCAAACGGUCGGCCAGAAUUAUGAUCAAACUCCACCCCCCUCUCCUGGUAACCGGUUAAAGGGCAAUAGACGAAAAAAGGUUAGCGGAACUGGCGCCGUUGUUGACAAUUAUCUUAGGGCUAAUGAUUAUCAGCAUUCACCUCGCUAUAACUACGAUGGUAUUAACUGUGUUGCUGAUACUGAGGGCAGUGUCAGUGAUGAUGACCACGUGAUUGGCGGUGAGGAUGGUGGCGACGUGGUACAUGGCAAUCGCCUUGAACGCGAUAGUAACAAUAAUGAUGGUAGUAACGACACUGUCGAUGUUUCGAUAGCCUCUGGUGGUGGUGGUGGUGGUGGUGGUGGUGGUGGUGGUGGUGGUGAUGAUUAUGAUUAUGCUGGGUGUGGUGAAUGGGGUCUGUUUUGGCAGCUUCCGUAUGAGCAAUAG